GCGUGCUGUCAGCGUAUGUUUUGGAAAUUGUUAAACCGUGUUUUAACAUUUUCUUUAUUAAUUGAUUUUCUUUUUUAAUGUCUGGGUUGAUCAAUAGCUGCUCACACAAAGCGAAUUGUAGUUUAAUAAUAUAAAAAAAUGGAAAUUGAAGUGAAAACGUACUUCGGAAGAUGCAGAUGCUGUUUGGAAUAUGGUUAUUUAAAAUAUUUAUGGUCCGAACACAAAUGGCAAGGACAUACAGAGGUUUACGGCGAAAUGUUAACCAAAUGCUACGCUUUUUCGUGGAUCCAGUUAGACUCUGAGGACUACAAUCAAAUCUGUGAUCCAUGCAUAAAGAGGCUAAGAGAGUCGUGCAGUUUUAGGAAUUUAGUUAUAAGAUCCCAGAAGCAACUGAUGGACGAAAUAAGUAAUGGCCAUGAACCAGCAAUAAAAAUUGAGUAUGUAAAUGAAGCAGAGAAAGACUCAUCAGAACCAGAACUCACGAGGGAUAGUGUGUAUGAAGAAGUGGAAUUCUUAGAUGUUCCUGUUGAUGUCAAACCAAAAGAGAAAGUAGACAGAAAAAUAAUGACCACCGGUCCAACAAAGAGAAAACUUCCAAACAGGCAAGCGAAGAACAUUGAAAAUAGGUUAACGAAAUAUGCCAUAGGAGACCCAGAGAAGACGAUGGUUGUAUCGAGAAGCAAAAAAAUCUUACGUAUAGAUACUACAAAUCACAAUGGGAUUUCAAACAAAAUCUUAAACGAGAAAUUGGAUGAAGUUUCAGAUAAACAGACUUUGGUGCCAAAAAUAGAAUUCUUAGAAGUGGAAAGCCAAGAAAUCGUUGAAGAAAUUAACAAGAAUGAAGAAAUUGGACUCGAGAAGAAAACAUAUGAUGAAGUGGAGUAUUUAGAGGAAGAUGUCACAAAUAACAGUCAACCAGAGAAAGAUCCGAUAACAGUCUGCUUAACUCGGCCCAAGAAACUGCCCCGGGCCAAACCCAUCAAGAAAUACCUUCAAUACACCGAGGAGGACCUGAGGAAUGGCGUGGAGGCAGUCAGAAACAACAGGAUGUCUAGAUUAGAAGCGGCCGAGUUCUAUAACGUUCCGAGGAAGACUUUAGUUGCCAAACUCAAAAUGGACGAGGAGAGCGUAGACCCAGCACGAGAAGAAAUGUAUGUAUUCAUAAAGGAAGUAAAAACAAUACUCUCAUUCACGAAUGCGACGCCCUACAAAAGUAAAAUAUCGACCUACAGCUGCGCCUACUGCACCGAAGUGUAUUUCCACGCGGCGGACGACCUCCGCAACCACACGCGCACGAACCACAUCGACGAGCGAACGAAGAAGGUCGACCUCAUGAUGAGACCUCACGCGAUGAACGAAAUCUUAAAGUUGGACGUGAACAAUCUCAUUUGUGUGGUGUGUUGCAUCCCGAUGGAUGACUGGAAUGGUCUAUUUAGACAUUUAAAAAAUACACACGGUAUCGUCUUCACGUACGCGUACAAAAGAGUCAUUCCGUAUAUCUUGGACGAGGAGCCUGACUGCGUGCUCUGCAAGCAACACUUCACGAACUACAUUCAGCUGGACUUCCACAUGAACAGCCACUACGACAACUACGUCUGUGACGAUUGCGGCCAGACCUUCAUAUCCGCUGCCAGAUUAAAGAAUCACGCCAAGAAUCACUCCAAGAAGCAAGAAGCGGUCGUUCACAAAGCCAGGUUGUACUACAAGUGUUACCACUGCCCGGAAAAGCUGCCGAGCGAAAGGGAGAGGAAGGAGCACAUCGAAGCGAACCACAGGGAGAAAAUUAAGGAGAUCGGCUGCGACAUGUGCGGCAAGAUAUUCAAUUGGCGGCAGUACUACAUCGAGCACUUGAGGAAGGUCCAUGGCGACAGGAAAUACGAGUGCACAGCUUGCGAUAAAAAGUUUUCUCAGAAUAGAGAUUUGAGGCGGCACGUCGAGUCCAGGCAUAACGGCGCCAAGAACCACGUGUGUCCGAUGUGCGAAAGGAGAUACUCCUCGAAAGCGGCGCUGGUGACGCACUUCAAAAUUCAUUUGAAUAAUAACAAAGUUAUAUAAAUUCGACUUAAGCAACUCUUAGUAGCAGUACAAUUUUAGCGAAUCGUAUACGUAAUCAAAACUACAUUGACGGUUUAAUUUCGCCUUUUUAUAAUUUCGUUUAAUUUAUCUGGACUGGGUUAAUUAUUCGAGAAAUUAUCGAUAGAUAUGUAAAACGGCUUAUUGCAUAGUACAAUGAUACACACUGUAAUAAUUAUUAGGAAGAGUAACCUAUUUUAUUUUACGACGCUACAAUGAGUCCCGUCCAGGCGUAACCGGAAUAGUAGGCUACAAGUGAAUAGGUAGGGGCAAAAAAAUUACAAUAAGUAGGUAGAUAAUGUGUGCAGCAUUUGAUAUUUGAUGCAGAAUACAUUAGGGCAAUGGUUAAAUAUUGAAGAGUUACAUGCUUACGCUAAGUACGAUAUUAUAUGACAUUAAUAAAGUCGAGGUUAAACCGUAAUUGUAAAUUAUGUUUGAUAAAACUCUAAUAAAGUUAGAAAAUAAACCAUAAGCUAUUGAAAUGUAAAUUUGUUAAUUUUGUAAAAAUAAAACUUUAGUACUAGUAGCCCCCAUGAAAUUACUCUCGACGGCCAAUGACGUCAUUCUCGCCUUGAUAUUCAUUUUAAAACGGAAUUCGAACACUGAGGUAAAUAUCAGUUUUUUAAAAACAAAUAUAUUGUAUCGAACAUGUCAUUGUGUCAACAAACCAAUUUAAUAGUAAUACAGAAUGAAUAUUAUAAAUUUAUUUGUACUUUCUAUCUGUAUCGCAUCAUAUGUACUUGUGUAGUACUGUGAAAAACGUAGUCAUUAACACUAGAUUACCCAAAACAGUCAUUUUGAUAGUAUUUAAUUUCAGAUAAAAAAAAAUUUGAUGAUGAUACAAUUUAUUAAAUGGUUAUGACUUUUUUGGCAUUUAUUAAUAGUUGUAUUUACCCCCUCCCUCUUUAUUUUCGAUAUACAUAUGUGCUAUACCUAUAUUGCCCGAGAGCAGACUGCUUCGGAUUUUUAAAAUAAUUACUUACUUUUUUACUAAAAUUUGCAAAUAUUAUUAUAUUAAUUAAUAAGUAUUUCUUAUAUAAAAGCUCCAACGUGAAUUGAAAUAAAAAAA